AUUAAUAAAAUAAUUCAUAAGUAGACAGCGGGCGGCCUCAAUCUCGUCUUUGCCUCAAACUCUCUCUCUCCUUUUUCUAGGGCUUUCCACGAUCAAAGCCCAUUCAUACUCUCUCUCUCUCUACUUUCUUGUGAUCAGGUUGAAAAGUCCUUCAUAUGCAAGCAAGCAGUAGUCCGCGGCAAUAAAUUGAGUAAUUAGAGGAUAAGGGAAUUCCUCUUCUCCAGUUGAAACCUGAAAAUGCCGUUAACCGAUCAGGAAAAGGAGCUUCGAGUCCAUUCUCGGUCCUCCACUGACUUCCUUGCAGCUGUACCGAUCAAGAAAAGACGUUUUCUUUUCCGUCGAUCUCCAUCUCCUCCACCUGAGUUACCAUCUCCAGUUCUUGGUGAUUGCAGCAUACCUGAUAAUAAACCAGAAUCUCCAGGGUUUGGGCUUCCUCAUUCAAGAACCGAAGGUAAUUCUGUUCAGGUCAAUACUGUGACAGGAAAAGUUGCUGCUUGUAAAUCUUGUGACCAAGCAACUGAUCCACCAUCGCCAACACCUGCAAACAGUGUCCCACCCAAUGAUAAACUUGAAUCCUCCGAGCAUGUGUCCACUCUAAAUACAGGUGAUCGAGCGGACUUUUUCAGCAAAGAAGCACAAGCAGAUUGUAGUACAUCUGACAAGAAGGCUGAUUCUUCGAAGUCUGUUUCUUGUUUGCCAGAAAGUGGGAAAGUUAAUGUUCAAUUACGUGCUACGAAAGGUGAAGUUUCUUCUUGUGAACCUAGUGAGUUGUCACUAACACAAGCGGACUGUGUUCUGCCUGAAAGCAAACCUGACGCCACAAAGUCUGGUUCUCCUUUUUUAAAAAUUGGAGGUACCACUGCUAAAGUGAACGCUGAGACAGGUGAACAUGCUUGUGAGCCUAGUGUGUUGUCAUUACCAAAGCCAACAGGUUGUGGUAUAUCUGAAAAGAAUUUUGCGUCCGUAAAGCUUCCUAUUUCGAAGUCGAGAUGUGAUCCUGCCCAAGUCAAUUCUGUAACAGGGAAUGAUGGUUUGAUUGAACCUUGUGAAAAGGCAAAGCCAACAGAUUGUGGCAUAUCUGAAAAGGAUUUUGUGUCCUUAAAGCCUGAGUCUCCUAUCUCGAAGUCCACAGGUGAUCCUGCCCAAGUCGGUUCUGUAACAGGGAAAGAUGGUUUGAUUGGACCUUGUGAAAAGUCAAAUACUAGAGACUUAAACAUCAUUCCGAAGUUUGAAAUGCUGCCUAAUUGUAAUGACCAAGGAUCCGGGUUGUACUUGGGUGCUAAUUCUGUUGAUGAAACUGCUAAUACACAAGACAUGGUUUUUAGCAACAAAUGUGCAACAUUGCCGGUGACUGGAAGCACAGUAAUUAGUUCUGCAGCAAAACAGACUUUUGUGGUGCCUAGAGGACAGGGGAAUGCUGAAGGUAAGGUUACUCACAGAGAAGGAAUUUCUUUCAAACAAGGAUUGGAGCUGAAGAAUGUCGAAAGUGAAUCCAGGAAUGCAAAAAUUAAAGCAGACUCUGGUAUUCUGUAUCUAAAUAGAUCAAACUGGGAUUUGAAUACGAUGAUGGACACAUGGGUAGAUUCUUCUGCAGAUUCUUUACUGAAUAAUGAAACUGGUGAUCAGGACAGGCUAGUUCUUGGAGGCAUCCAGCAACGAGGUCGGAAACAGAUGUUAUUUAGGGAACACAAUGGAACUGAUAUAAUAUCAGGAAGUAGUGUGCGACAUAAAGUUGAUUCAAAUCCUGAGGCUUCCCUAGAGUUGCAGCUUAAGCCGCCUUCUUUACCUGAUCCUUGCAUUUCAUUAGGAAAACAUGAAGCUAUUACAGACAAGUCAUUUUUAAGCCUUGCUACUAAGCCUAUGAUGUCUACUAUCAGCCCACCAUUGGAUAUUGGUACAACUAUAAAAUUAGAACCAAUUGAGAAAGAUCAAAAGGAGACAGCUAUGGUUCAGUUGGGUUUGCUGAAAUCUUUAGAUUUGAAACCCGUCAAGUCCGAAUCAUGUGGAGAAGAAAUCUCGAAAACAACUAUCUCUAGCAACUUGAACUUGGCAUGUAGUAAAUCUGUAAAGCCAGAGCCACCUACAGAGCGACCCGAAAAUCAAUCUCAAGUAAAUGCUAGGAAUUCUGAACAUAUGGGGCUAAAAAGUUCACCUGAAAACACACUAGUCCAUCAAAAUGCUGGGAAAUACAAUAACAAGGCCUUAAAUUUGGCAUCUAAGCCGCUUGUUUUGAAUACUCUGCUGAGGCCUUGUACGAACUUUUCCAAUGAUUCCUCCAGUAUAGCUAACAAGGUUAAUCAAGCUCCAAGUUCUGCAGAUUGUAUUCCUACUUUCACUUCAAGUACCCAAGUUACAAGCAUAACUGCUAUUGAAUCAUCAGCUUUGAUGACAAGAUUAAAUGAAAUGAAUUUAUCCCCGGAGGCAUUGCUAUCUGAUCCUUUAACUUCUAAUACUUCCAAGACUGGAGAAAAUAUCCCUGCAGAAGGUGAAUUCAGUUUUGCUAGCCAAAAGGAUCCUUCAAAUAUGCAUCACUUGUCCAAUGAUAGCCAAAAGGAUCCUUCAAAUGUGCAUCACUUGUCCAAUGAUACUUCGGCAGAAGAUAUUCUUAAAAAACCAUGUGUAACUAGUGAGAUUAUCGAGUCUGAUGAAGUUCUAGAUAAAGUUGGAGUGUCAUCUGAAGUUCUAGAAGAACAUAGGGACAAAACAUCCAAAUCAGGUAACCUUCAUGUUUCAGAAGAAUCGAUGAACACAACUCCUAAACAGGGUGGGAAAAGUGACGAGGAUUUUGAGGAUGGUGAAGUGAGGGACCCAGCAUUAAAGAAGACUGUUGAAGGUUCUUGUGAUCUUGCCCAAGAGCAAUCCUUGAAAGCUUCUGAUUCUAUUAGUCCUGUUGAUGUUCCUGUUUCAAUGCCAUUACCUUCAGUUGAAAAGGAGAUUAAAUUAGAAAGUCCUAAAGAGGAAAAUGUUUGUGGUUCUAAGGAGAGUGAAAAUGGUCUUCUUGAUGACAAGAUCGAAUCUUGCUCCUCGGAUGUUGGAGUGCCUACCACUGACUUUUGUGACAAGAGCCUAAGCAAAACAACUGGCAAGACUUUAGGGGAUCACCUGAAGAAUGAUGAGAGUAUUGAGAAAGAAAUAAAAUCUAGUGACCUUAGUUCACUCACAAAUCUAGCAGAUAGUCAAUCUGAUGCAGCUGGCGGGCAGCAGAAUGCUGAAGGACCCGAACUUGCUAAAGAUCAUGUUUCAGGCAAAGCUGAGCCCUCUGAUAAGGGAAGUGUGACAAAAGUUGCUAACGAUAGAGGCAACAAUAGACGGAUUAUCUACCUGAACCCUGCUUCCAAUUGCUCGGCAUCAGGAAAGAGGAAAUCGACUUUGGACAGAUCUAUGUCCUCUCAAGGAGAGAGAGAAAGGCCUGUUGAUAGAUCAUACGGGGUCGAAAGAUCACGUUCUCGAGGACACGGAGAUGAAUCCAGCAAUGAAAGGCCUCGAAGGCUUGGACAUGAGAGGAACUAUGGACGGCCAUUCGAGAAAUGUAAUGUGCACAUCAGGAAUAGGGCUAACAGGCUAAAUGCUAUGUGUGGUGAUAGAAAUUCUAAUGUUGACCAACUAUUGGACCAAAUGAAUACUUCAACUGGUAUCAGAUAUUCUCGACCGAUAAACAAUGAUGAAGUUUCUAUUGAUGGAUCUUUGGAUGGAUCUAGCCGACUAAGGAGGAAGCUCACGAGUGAAGAAAUGGAAGACCUGUCCCAUUUACAAUGCCAAAGACGAUCAUUUGAGGGUCGAGUACCGAUGCCAUUGGUUCGUCGUCCUACUGGAAGAGAAGUCCCAGAUUUUGUGUCACUCUCAAACCCACGGUCUCAUUUUGAACGAGCUGAAGGGAUUGUCAUACGUAGAGAGAGGAGAAGCUUAUCGCCGACAAUGAGAAGCUUAUCACCUACAUUGAGAAGAGGAGGUCCUCAAUCAUCACCAGGAUCUCAACAGAGAAGGCCUUCAGAUGUCUUCAGUAGAACCCGAGAAUUUAUGCAGCACAGAUCUCCACCGAUUAUGAGGCUUAGCAGGAGACAAUCACCUCAAGAACGCCGGUGCUUUCCUGAAGAGAGAAUAGUUAGAAGACGAGGUCCUCCUUAUGACAUCGUAGAUGUUGGUCCCCCGAGAGAAGAAUUUCCAAGGAACACGAGGAGGUUUAAUAUGGCAGACCCUCGAGGAAUUACGGAAGAAGAAGAUUACUUUGAUCUUCGAGAGUUUGACGAUAGAUUUGUUGACAACAGAAGGUGCAUUGAUAGGCGGGGACCUAUUCGUUCUUUUAGGCAGCAUUGUGUUGAUAAUGAUGGGAGUGAGAGCUUCCGCUUUCGCGGUGAAGCUCCUCCUUCUAGGGUUCUAAGGAUGCACACUGACGGUAAUGAUGGUUUUACUGAAGAUAGCGGCCCAUCCAGGGAUUUUGAUGUGAGGUUUAGGAACCGGUUGGGGAAUUCAUCAAAUAGACUGAGAGGAAUUGUCGAGGAGCAGGAAGAUAACUACAGGCAUCAUGGGGAGCAGCAGGAGUGGCGUGAUUCUGGCUUCAAUAACGCUAGACCAAAGAGACGAAGGUUUUAAAGUUUAUACAUUAGCUUAUCGGGUUUGAACAAAAUGAUGGCCUAGAUCCGAGAUUUGGGUUUGUCCAGUUCAUGGGACCAUGCAAGCAGAAAUCUUCAUAUAUGAUAACGUGUAUACUUUUGGACUUGGUCUCCUGAAAUCUUACUACUGGCCCUAUACUUCAGUGUACAUUAGCAAUAAGUUUGGCAUUUGCCACUUCUUUUCGCGUAAUCUACAGGUCGUUAUAUCAAGAAGUUACAACCCUAUGCAGGUAAUUUUGGAUUGUUAACAGGGCUGUUGUGUCCUCGAGGGCUGGUUUGUCCUCGGGACGAUGGUUGACUGCUUGGUGUGUUGUUGAUGUGACAUAUAUAUCGUAGCCAUUACCUAUGAUCUUAGUUUGUUGAUGAUCUAGGUUACUACCCUGGGACAUUGCUUCUGACUAUGAGGAACUGGAGAACACGCAUGAACUGCUCAUUUCAUGACAUCGACUUGAAACUGCUGAAGCUUUUCACGGUGUAAAAUCGAAGGGAGACUCGUAUUUUGCAAAGGUUUCACUUCCUUGUGUUGUGGCAGCUUAAUGUCGCUGGUGAGUGAUCAUAACCUGCGAGAGAACUUCAGUCGACUGAGCUUGAGGAGUCUCAUGUCAAUAUUUUUUUCUACCAACAGUUUGGUAGGCUCCCUCUCACACAUGCAAGGUCCCAUGUGAAGUUAGCAUUCAUGAAAGCUGCUAAUCUGUGACCGACUUGAAUAUUGUUUUCUGAUCUGCUUAUCUUUAACGCAGAACUUUGAUUGACACACAGAUUGAAAAGAAUGUGAUGAUCGAUUAAGAAGAAUAUGAUAAUAUUUAACUUGGCAGAGAAUUUAACCUUUUGUAGGACUGAAUAGAAGAAUAUGGUUCAUGUGGCCGAUUCGAAAAUCUGAGAUCAAAUUCUUUGUUGUUGUUGUUGUUGUUGCAUCUGUUAAUAGCCAGCCUCCAAUUAAGUUUGAA